AUGGCGACAGCAUCAGGGCCAGAAAGCCAGGCAGCUGGCCCAUCGAGAUCAUCAUCUAGCGCCGACCACCAGAGCUUGCCUCCACUUUCCGACCUGUUUGCUCGGUCCUCGAAGCGUGCCAGGCUGCUCUUUCACAUCGAUGACGGCUACGACUUUGACAACUUUGGCGACGCUUCGGCUUUUGAGCCUGCCAAGACGCAUCUCGCUUCCAAGAUCAGCUCCGAGUAUGCAGAUGCAAAGGUACUCCCUGCUGCCAUCUUGGCUCAGCAACAGGCUGCAGCCGGUCCCAUGCGUCCUGGCGCACCGAACUCUUCAGCAUCCGCAGCAGCGGCAGCGGGUCGAACUGUCAAGCGCAGAGGAGAGGAGACACAUCUUUCGAGACUGAUAGACCAAUUGGAUGGAGGCUCUGCACCGUUGUCCGGAGCUGUAGGCCCUAUCGCUCCCUCCUCGCCCAGUCAAGCUCUCACCAUUCGAAGCAAUGGCAUCGCGCAUUCCGCAGGACCCUCCUCUUCCUCUGCAUCUCCAUCAAACUCGUCUGCUCUGGCACUGCACCGCGGUGGUACGUCCGGUCUACUAUCUCAGGCACUCAUUCAGAAGAAGGAGAUGGCCAACCGCAAAGCCAAACCGGCCUUUCACCCGAAUUGGAAGCUCUCGCGCGUCAUCUCGGGUCACUUGGGCUGGGUUCGAUGUGUCGCUGUGGAGCCAGGCAACAAAUGGUUUGCGACAGGUGCCGGUGACCGUAUGGUCAAGAUCUGGGACCUUGCGUCCGGCGAACUCAAGCUUUCGCUCACGGGACACAUUUCGACCGUCCGUGGCAUCGCUGUAUCGUCAAGGCACCCUUACCUGUUUUCUGCGGGCGAAGACAGAGUGGUCAAGUGCUGGGAUCUGGAGACAAACACUGUGAUCCGACAGUACCGUGGUCAUCUGUCUGGCAUCUACUCGCUGGCUCUGCAUCCAACGCUUGAUGUAGUGGUGACGGGAGGAAGGGACUCGUCGGUUCGCGUGUGGGAUAUGCGCACACGCAUGGCCAUCCACACGUUGACAGGGCAUCGUGGCACAGUUGCCUCUGUCGCCUGUCAAGACUCGGAACCGCAAAUCGUCUCCGGCUCCAUGGACGCGACCGUCAAGCUGUGGGAUCUGGCCGCCGGCAAGUCGAUCACGACGCUUACUCACCACAAGAAAAGCGUGCGUGCACUUGCCAUCCAUCCCACGCAGUAUACUUUUGCAUCUGGCAGCGCAGGAGGCAACAACAUCAAGACGUGGAGAUGUCCCGAGGGCACGCUGGUCAACAACAUGGCGCACGAUACGAUUGUCAACACGCUCAGCGUCAAUGCCGACGGUGUGCUCUUCAGCGGCGGUGACGACGGAAGCCUCAAGUUCUUUGACUAUGCGACGGGCACUCCGUUUCAAGCUGCUGAAGAUGUGCCGCAGCCGGGGUCUCUUGACGCAGAGGCUGGUGUGUUCUGCUCGACUUUCGAUCAGACUGGCACCCGUCUCAUCACGGGUGGUGCGGAUAAGACGAUCAAGAUCUACAAGGAGGUCUGA